AUCAAACAAUUCAUUCUUCAAUCCUCAAGCGAAUCCUUUGGUGUUUCGCUUGAGGUUUAUAUUUCAUUUAACCAUUCGUUAGGCUGGCUCAAUCCCACAAGAACAUUUCAUCAACCCAUCACAAUGGCUAGACUUAGUCUGCUGCUAACAUUGUCCUUGCUGGCUACUACUGCAUUUGCUGACAUUGGAGACUUCGAUGACUACUGGAAAGCACGUGCUGCCGAGGCCGAACAAGCCGCCGCUGAUGCCUAUGAACCUAAUCCUGAGACCAUCGCCGACUCCCUCAAUGCUGAAGUUGGCCAGGCGUUGAGUGGAAGCAACAGUACAAGGAGGAAUUUGAAGAAAUAUACAGGGCCAUGUCGAGCCACUAAUCCGAUCGAUCGGUGCUGGAGAUGUGACCCCAAUUGGGCUCAGAACAGGAAGAAGCUAGCCGAUUGUGUUCUGGGUUUUGGCCGCAAGACCAUUGGUGGAAAGUUGGGUCCAUACUAUGUAGUGAACGACUCGUCGGAUUCGGACCUCAUGAACCCGAAACCUGGGACUCUUCGUCAUGCUGUAAUCCAAAAGGGACCUCUGUGGAUCACCUUCUCUACCAACAUGGCCAUUAGGCUCACCCAGGAGCUCAUCGUGACUAGCGACAAGACCAUUGAUGCAAGAGGGGCCAAUGUUCAGAUUGCUUAUGGCGCUGGCAUUACUCUUCAGUACGUAAGAAAUGUCAUCAUCCAUGGUCUUCGUAUCCAUCACAUUGUAGUUGGUAACGGAGGAAUGAUCAGAGACGCUGUCGACCAUGUGGGUUUGAGGACUAUGAGCGACGGCGACGGCAUUUCCAUCUUCGGCUCCUCCAAUGUUUGGAUUGACCAUGUGUCCAUGUCCAAUUGUCAGGAUGGUCUCAUUGAUGCUAUUAUGGGAUCUACUGCCAUAACUAUAUCCAAUUGUCAUUUCACUCACCACAAUGAGGUGAUGUUGUUUGGAGCAAGUGACGGAUACUCAAAUGAUCAGAUAAUGCAAGUGACAGUAGCAUUCAACCACUUUGGUCAAGGAUUGGUGCAGCGAAUGCCAAGAUGUCGAUGGGGCUUCUUCCAUGUUGUCAACAAUGACUACACUCAUUGGCUUAUGUAUGCCAUUGGUGGUAGCCAGCAUCCCACCAUUGUCAGCCAAGGCAAUCGUUUCAUUGCCCCUCCCAAUGUAUAUGCUAAAGAGGUGACAAAGAGAGAGUACUCACCAGAGCAAGUUUGGAAAAGCUGGACAUGGAGAUCAGAGGGAGACUUGAUGAUGAAUGGAGCAUUCUUUGUUACCUCAGGUGAUCAACGCAAGAGAAGACCCUUCUCAAGCAAGGAUAUGAUCUCCUAUAAACCAGGGACAUACGUUAAAAGAAUGACACGUUUUUCCGGCGCGCUCGCCUGCUUCGUUGGUCGCCCUUGCUAAAUUUCAACUCCCAAUUUUCUACCACACACCAGCGAUCAACAAACAGAUUCAUGACACUAAUUCUUGGGGUCAACUGCUCAACUAACCAAUUUAGUUUUUGUUUUUUGGUUGUGUCAACUGCAUUGGGUGAAGCCAUAAACAAACACAACACAUUCUUUAUACUACAUGUCUUUCAAGAGCUCUCAUAUAACUGAUCUCUUUUUUAUUUCCAUAUUUACAUCCUUCUUGUCACCAUAACAAUAAUGAUUAAUAACAUUUAUGAUUAUCGGGUUUCUAAA